GCCAACCUACCUGUUUGUACUUGUUAGAGACAGAGACAGUGGGAUAAUGGCAGGGGUAUUAAUAGGGGUACGAGUAUUUUUGAUUGCUAUGGUGGUGUGUCUCCUGAUUUUGCUCCUUUGGAAACGGCGCCAAACUCACAAACGCUACCCUCCUGGGCCUCUUCGGCUUCCUGUCAUUGGAGGCCUGUGGCGGAUCGGAUUCAAACUCUCUGUCGAUAUUUUCAUUAAGAUAGCACAGAAAUAUGGAAAUAUUUAUACUUUGUGGAUGGGUCCCCAACCUGCAGUGGUGCUUUCUGGAUUCAAAGCAGUAAAAGAAGGGCUGGUAAAUCAUCCCGAUGAUUUCUCAGAGCGACCAGUGCCCAGUAGAACUAAAGCUGUAUUAAAAGGAAAGGGUAUUAUAUUGGCAAAUGGCCACACCUGGAAGCAGCAGAGGAAGUUUGGGCUGGUUACCCUGCGGAAGCUGGGACUGGGGAAGAAAGGAAUAGAGCAUCAAAUCGAAGAGGAGGCUUAUCAGCUCGUUGAGACUUUUUCACGGGCAAAGGGGCAGCCCAUCAACCCUUCGUUACCCAUCAGAAAUUCUGUCUCCAAUGUGAUCUGUGUUCUGGCUUUUGGACACCGCUUUUCCAUGGACGAUGAAGAAUUCCUGAAGUUGAAAGAAGCUGUUGAAUUUAUUUUAGAAUAUGGAGCUAGCUUAUUUAAUAUUUUGUAUGAAAUUAUCCCAGGGCUCACAAAAAUUAUCCCAGGACCUCACAAGAAGGCAAACUACUUCACAGUAUUUGUGCUUGAAUUUGCAAGGAAGGAGAUAGCAAAACACAAGGAGCAGCAGUCGCUGAUUGAGCCACGGGAUUUUACGGAUUACUAUCUAUUUCAGAUAGAAAAAAGCAAGAAUGACCCAGAUUCUACAUUCACUGAAGAGAACCUGGCGCAGUGCAUUUUUGACUUCUUUAUUGCUGGGACAGACACAACCACAACUACUCUGGAAUGGGCUGUGUCCCUCAUGGCAUUUUACCCAGACAUUCAAGAGAAAGUCCAGAAGGAGCUGGAAGACGUUUUCGGGUCUUCUCAUUCUAUUAGCUAUCAAGAGCGGAAGAAACUGCCCUACACCAAUGCUGUGAUUCAUGAGAUUCAGCGUACCCAAUAUGUCUUUUUAUUUGGGGUCCCCAGACAAAAUGUAAAGGACGUGGACAUACUUGGAUUUCACAUACCCAAGGGGACAUUUAUUAUUCCCGAUCUCCGCUCUGUUCUUCUUGAUCCAAAGCAAUGGGAGACACCUCAGAAGUUCAACCCAAACCACUUUUUAGACAAGGAUGGCAAGUUUGUGGCUAGAGAAGAAUUCCUUCCAUUUGGUGCAGGAACUCGUGUGUGUCUGGGAGAGCAGCUGGCAAGGAUUGAACUCUUUGUCUUCUUCACCAGUCUGCUGAGGACAUUCACCUUUCGGAUUCCAGAAGGAGAGAAAGAAAUCAGCCUAGAGCCUGUUAUAGGGUUCACAGUUCAUCCUCCUUCUCAAAAGCUCUGUGCGGUUCCCCGCUCUGGUGCUUCAUAAGCCACUAAAAUAAGACUGGUUGAUUCAUUAUUGUUGAUUUCUCAUUCAUUCUUUUUCUCUGGAGCUGACUCUGUGCUGUGACUUUGUUUGCCAGCUCUGGGUUAGGAGAUUCCUGGAGACUUGAGGGUGGAGCCUGGGGAAGGAGGAUUUUGGGGAGGGCCCUUCAAUUGCUGCAAAACGCUGACUGUUAUCAAGAGCAAGCAGGCGCAUGAGCAUCACCCCCAUUUUGCAGUCACUCCAUUGGCUACCUAUCAGUUAUCGUACUCAGUACAAGAUAUUGGCUAUCCCAUCCAAGGCUCUUCCUUGGUCCAGCAUACAUAUGGGACUGCCUCCAUCCCUAUGUUCUUCCACGGCAACUUUGCUCAUCUGAACAGGGUCUCCUGCAGGUGCCACGCUGCACAUGGGCAAAAUCUACAGCAGCCUGUACACGAGCUUUCUCUGUGGUGGCCCCUACCCUGUGGAAUGGCCUGAAAGAGGAGGUCAAGAGAGCCCCUAUUCUCCAAGCUUUCCACAAAUGAUACAAAACCAAAUGAUUCAAAAAGGCAUUUGUAUCGUAGGGAGGGGAUCUGUACUAUCUGUUGUUUUAAAUAUGUACUCCUAUGAGCUACUUGUGCUUCAUGUUGUCUAAUGUCAGCCCUAGAAUUGCUUAUGUUCUGUUUCAUCAUUUCUUCGACUCUGUAUUGGAUUUUUGCUAAUGCUAUGUCUUUGUAAACUUGUGUUUAUUUACCCUAUAGCAAUGUUUAUGGAAAUAUCCUUCCUUGAUGUUGACUGUAGUAAUCUCACAGUGUGGAAUCCGCCUUGAGUCUCAGUGAGAAAGGCGGACUAUAAAUGACAUCAAUAAAAUAAAUAAAAAUAAU